CGGGACCGCGCCCUCCAGGGCGCCCUGAGGCGAAGGUCCGGGUGUAGCGACGCCUCCUGCCCGCCUGGGGAGGCCCCAACCCGGGCCCGUGGGGACCCCAGGGCCGGAGCCCCGCGGGCCCAGGCAGGGCUGCCCGAGGAGGGCGAUCAGGCUCUGCCGGGAGCCCAGAUCAUCGGGAAGGGGCAGGUCCGCGGUCACACCGGGAAGUCAGCCCGCGGUUGGUUGUCAGGAUCUGGCCCGGCGAGGGCAGCUGGAGUCAGACACAGCCCCGUGAUCAGCAGGCAUAGUCACGGUUCCUGAGGGAGGGUGCUGUUGGUGGAGGCUGGCACUCCUGCAGCACUGCUGAGGCUGGUCCUGGGCUGAGCUUAAACAGGGUCAUGGAGAGCCCCAGGUUUGGCUGAUUGGGACCAUCAGGGCCCCGACAGCAGCCUCCCCUCUCAGCCUAACCCCUCUGUCCUCAUGCGUUAGAGAGAUAUGGGCUCAGGAAGGACUUGCUGUAGAGUGAUUUAAUUGCAGUGCAGUCUCGGGGGGCUAUUUAAGGGAGUAGAGACACAAGAUAGGGGAUAUGGCAUGAGACACUUGGGGAUGGGAAUAGUCAGGUUGUCUGUAAGGGGGCCCAGGGCUUGUGGGUAAAGGAGAAGUGUUCAAACCACUAUUGGAGGGUCUCCAGAGGCUGGGUAGUGCUGGGGGGUUCACUCAGGAGCUGGGAGUUGAGCAAAGGUCAGGUGUAGCUCCAUGAUUACCUGGCAGAUCGGCAGUAAUGAGACAAGUUUGAGGUUGAGCAGAUUUGCCUGGUUGUGGACCUGUGUUCCAUGCACAGUCCCUGGCCCUGAGGGGUUCACGGGCAGGUAGCAGCUGUGGGGCACGGAGCCAUCUGCUCUCUCGAAGGUGCCGACUGGUGGUGCAAGUGAGAAACACCAAGAGCUUUGGACCAUUAACAAGACCCCUGGGACCUACUCCCAAGCACGUGGCUCUCCGGUGACCCUAUUUUGGGCAUGUUCUCAGAGUUGAAGUUCCCUGUACCCUGGGGCCACGUGGCAGCCAAGGCCUGGGGACCCUUGGAGGGACAUCCUGUGCUGUGUUUGCAUGGCUGGCUAGACAAUGCCAACACCUUUGACAAGCUCAUUCCAUUGCUCCCCAGAGGCUGCUAUUAUGUGGCAAUGGAUUUUUCUGGCCAUGGUUUUUCAUCCCACCGACCUGCCGGCUGCCCCUACCAUUUCCUGGAUUAUGUGACUGAUGUGCGCCGUGUGGCAGAUGCCUUGCAGUGGAGACGGUUCACCCUGAUGGGUCACAGUAUGGGAGGAGCUGUGGCAGGAAUGUUCUGCUUCCUUUAUCCUGAGAUGGUGGACAAGCUGAUCCUGCUGGAAAGUCUUGGCUUUCUGCUAGCUCCAGAGGACACUGAGGCAUGGCUGAAAUCUAAACGGAGGGUGAUUGACAGGUUACUGAGUCUAGAGGCAAAGGAGCAAACUCCCAAAGCACGGAGCCCUGAAGCAGCAUUGCAGAGGCUCUUAGAAGCGAACAGCCAUCUGACAGCAGAGGGUGGAGCAAUCCUGCUGCAGCGAGGAGCAACUGAGACACCCGCUGGGCUGGUAUAUAACAGAGACAUGAGAGCCCGUAUGCAGAGUCGAGAGUCCCUCACAGUGGAUCAGUGCGUGAAGCUCCUGCAGAAGAUCCAGGACCGUGUUCUCAUCAUUGUAUCACAAGAUGGACUUUUGGUACCACACAAGUUACACAGCAGAAAUCACUUUGUGAAAGCCAUGCGGGAGGCAUUUGAGUCUACCCUCAAAGAGCACAUCCAGCUAGUCGAGGUGCCUGGGAGUCAUUUUGUGCACCUGAACGAGCCUGAGGUGGUGUCUGGGAUCAUCAGCAACUUCCUGACAGUUCAGAACACUAGAGCUAGACUCUAAGAAACCCCAGUGGCUGCAGCAGUCCAGGAGAACUGGGAGCUAAAAAGCAGGCUCCGGCAGAAUUGUCACCAUUCCUACCUCACAUCCAACUCCUCCCAUCAUGAUACUCUUUCCCGCGCUUAGCUCACUGCAGAGUGGAAGCAUGUCUGCCAGGGGUUCUCUGAAGGAGAGCUGAGCAAAAUAUCUCAGUUGUCAAAGGGAAGAGGAAUCCCUACUCUAUUUCCAGCUCUCUGAGUACAGGGAUGGCGGCCCAAAGUGGCCUUCCCCUUGGCUUGUUCCAAACUUGCACCCUGAAAGAGUGCAGGAAUACAGGCAGAGGCAUCCUCUGUGACAGCAGCAGCGCCAGCUUUGACACUGCAAGAGAGGUGGCUCAUCUUGCCUCCUCCCUGAGGAUGGUGUGGCCAGGCUGCUCCCAGGAUUAAACCUGAUGAAAAACAAGUGAAGUUUCCUGCUUCUCCACUUACUUCCAUAGGGGCCUGAGCUCAGAGGGCCUCAGUGUCUUUGUUCUACUCGGAGAGCUGGUGUUUUUUUAGAAGUCAGCUUAAAUAAGAGCUCACCUGGGCACAGAAGCCCAUUUUAAUGAAUGUCACUAAUCUUCUGUCACUAAUGGAAAAGUUGGCAGAGAUGAUUUCUGUCCUAAAUAAAGAUUAAUCUCCUAAUGUUAA